CGAUGCUUGGGCCGCGGCGCGAGCAGCCUCAAGAGCAAGCGCGAGCAAGCAUAUAUAUAUUGUUAAAAGCCUUCUUGCAACGCCGCACAGCGCUGUGCCGACUUUGAACCGAAACGAGCCAGCAGCGGCAGCAAAAAGCACCAUAGCAGCUGCAGCUCUCGCACCACGCCAUCGCAGCGAUUCAGCGCAAAAGUAGAACGCAGCAAUCAUGGCCCAACUCUACGACGCCGGCCCGCGAGCAGCCCUAGACUUAGGCGACGUCCCGGACGACGCCAGCGACGCGACGACCGAGGAGGAUCCGCAAACCGUCGAAGCCUUCGUGCGCCGCAUGCGUAAGGAAAGCAGGCAGCUCGGCGACGUCUUCCUGGCUGAUGAUGAAGCUGAGAACAGUCGGAGACGGUCGACCGCGUCCGACCUGCCCGAAACGAAGGAGACGAUGCCAGUCGAGUGGGCGCGCAGCGUGCUCGCGGACUUCUCCGACUUGCGGUUGGCGCUCGAGGCGCAUGCUGCUGCUGGUGUGGGCGGCAAGAAUGGACCUAGAAUGCCCGUGCCGCGCCUGAAAGAUAGUAGGGGCUGGCACCGUUUUUGUUUUGGGGACACGGAGGCGUGUCCCGACUCUAGUGAUGACGAAGAAGAGACAGUAGAAACACCGCAAGGCACUUUACCAAGCGUGCGGUUGUUGCUCCAGUUCGACUUCGUGAUGACGCAGCGGCUCGUGGCGAUGCACGUUAGGUGGUUAGAUUCCUGUGCGCUGUCUCAUAAUAGAGCGCUGUGGCUCUACGCUCUCCUCGCUAGAUUGCACAAGCCGCUGCACCGCGACACGUGUGCGGUCCUCCGGCAAUUGGUGAAGCGCCUGCUGGCGCUGCGCGAUUCGUGUGACGAGCCCGCGGCGCUCAACGCCCUGCUCGCGCUGGCGGGGCGCUACUUCGACCAGGCGUCGGCGGACGAAAUCGGUAGCUUCUAAGGGUGUUCUGUGUU